AUGCAUAUUUUGAAGUUUCCCUGGCUCACGCACACGGAGGAGAAGCGGAAGUACGAGGUGUUCUCUGUGUCCGUGUCGGCGGAUGGUCAGCGGCUUGCUUCCGGAGGUCUUGACGGCAAGGUCAGAAUCUGGUCUGUGGAGACGCUGAAGAAGUACAAGCAGGAAGUGUCUGAAAAGGAGCCAGAGAAUGAUCUCUUGGAGGCCGAAUCCAGCUCGAAUGGCGGCCUGGAGGAACCGUUAGCGAAUAACGUUGAUUUUGACUCGACAAUCUGUCGUCCGCUCUGCUCAAUGGGCCGUCACACGGGAGCAGUGACGUGUGUGAGGUUUUCUCCCACGGGGCGCUUUCUUGCGAGCGGGUCUGACGACAAGGUGAUUCUCAUUUGGGAGAAAGACGAGGAAAAAACGCGGAUUAUGGCCCAAAAUAUGGAGCAUCGUCUCCAGUUUGGUACAGACCUGGAAACGGCAGAUCUAGAGCAUUGGACGGUGCGAAAACGUCUUGUUGCUCACGACAACGAUAUCCAGGACAUGGCGUGGGCUCCCGACGCGUCUAUCCUGGUUACUGUCGGACUGGAUCGCUCGAUUAUCGUGUGGUCCGGAGUCACCUUUGAGAAAAUUAAAAGAUUUGAUAUUCAUCAAUCUCACGUGAAGGGUGUGGUUUUUGAUCCGGCAAAUAAGUACUUCGCCACCUGUUCGGACGACCGAACGUUGAGGAUCUUUAGAUACCACAGGACGUCUCCCACGGAAAUGUCCUUUACGGUGGAAUCGAUUAUAAGAGAGCCGUUUCGCAAGACUCCACUCACGACGUAUUACCGGCGCUGUUCGUGGUCUCCAGACGGCCAGAACAUUGCGUCUCCAAAUGCCAUCAAUGGCGGUCUGUGCUCGGUUGCCAUUAUAGAGCGAGGCAACUGGGCAAGCGAUAUCAGUCUAAUCGGGCACGACGCGCCUUGCGAGGUAUGUUCGUUCUCGCCACGGUUGUAUGAAAUUGAAGGGAUUUCCAAGAAGGAUAAAGAGCCGGAAAUCUCAACUGUGCUCGCAACAGCCGGCCAGGACCGGACGUUGGCUAUAUGGAGCACGGGUGCUGCGACGCCGGUCGUGGUUGCAGCGGAUAUUUCCAUGAACACCAUUACAGAUUUGGCCUGGGACCCGAAUGGAGAGAUCUUGUUUUUGUCUUCUCUCGACGGCUCGAUAAUGACCGUUUUCUUCGAUGAGUACGAACUGGGCACUGCUAUCCCAAUCGACCAGCAUGAUAGUGUCUUGAACAAGUACGGCGCAGACAGAGACAGCAUGGUUUUCCCCGAAAGUGUUGAACAAUUGGAGCUGGAAGAAAAAGCUGAGGCCAUAUUAAAGACAAAAACGCCCUCGACCAAGCUAGACAGACUCAUGGAAAAAAUGGAGUCGAUGGAGCCGCUGGGCCAGACAGGCAUGUUUGCGCAGCCGGAGCUGAAGACCCAGGCAGCACCGCAGGUGAACAUGUUGGUACCACGAUCGAAAAAGCAUCCGGAUAAGGUUAUGCCUACGAUCAGGACCAAGCCUGUGAGCUCACCGGCAAAGCCCACGCCUAACGCAUUGACUCCCAGCGUACAGAAAGUGACUGUGACGAAGUCUGGCAAGAAACGGGUUGCUCCCACGCUAAUCUCUGGCUCCCAGCCUACCCAAAACCUGCCAAAGCCUGCUCCAGUGGUUAAACGUGAGCCCAAGCACCAAUCGCAGCUCUCGAAGCCGGCAGUCAAAAUUCCAAGACUGGGGUUGCAGACCAUGGUUUCUUCUCUGCGCGAUAACAUUGUCAGCGAAGCGCCGACUGGAGAUCACGACACCGAAAACGAUAUUGACCACAUUUCUGAGAUCACGCACGCUCCCAAAAGGCCAAUCUCGACACGCUCAUCCACAGCCAAGAGAAAAAGAGAGGUGGAAACCCCUCAGUAUCUCGCUACGUCGAUGGUAACUCCAGCUACCAUCUUCACCGACAUGAGAAUGCAGCCACGAGUACUGCUGGAAUUUAAGGGGCCCGAUCUCGCAAACGGGGCCGUGAUGGAGAUACGUAAUGGCGGAGAGGAUGAUGCUGAGGAGAACCUCGAUCACGACGACCUUGAAGAGUUUAACUCUAUCAACAGACUAUCAGUGUUCCGCGCAAAAGAGAAACUAGACCAGUUCCAGUUCUUUUACAACCACAAGUUCACUGCUGCCUGCAGCUCCUCGUUUGUGGAUGCCAAUGGGCGCCAGGUGGAGUUCUGGGCUGUGGCCACGGAAACGGGAGUGGUGUUUAUACUUUCUGAUUAUGGCCGUCAGCUCUUGCCUCCAUUUCAAUUGGGGAAUAAUCUGACACAUUUGCUCAGCAACAAGCAAUAUGUUCUGGCCGUCACGUCAUCCGGCCUGUUUCACAGCUGGGAUGUGGAGAAGCGAGCAAGUAUUCUGUCCGCAGUGUCGAUAUCUCCUAUCAUCAACCAAUUUGCCGAAAUCGACUCCAAGAGGUUUGAGAAUUCAAUCAAGGUGGAUUCCAUCCUGCUCAACUCCAACGGCUGGCCAAUAGUAACUUUAAGCAACGACCAUGUGUUCAUGUUCAACCCAGACCUCGAGUGCUGGGUCAAUGUGCUGGACCCCUGGUACUUCCAAAGUGUUCCCCUGACAGAUAUCGAUCCUACCGGCUUCAAGUCGAGAACAUACCGCAUCCUCUAUAAACGACUGGCACGCAACUACAAGCCCAACGGCGGUCUUGAUAAGUCGACGGCGCACGUGAUCAGUGGCACCUUCGGGUCUCUCACCUCGCUUAUCUCGGAAUACGUCUGA